CUGUUCAGUCACACGCCUUGGAAGCUCCUGGAAGUAGUAAAAAUGUCCUGGCAAUAACACUUUCUUCGACAUUAACACCAGAUUUUCUUCAAUUUUCAUUUUUCCAAAAUUUUUCUCUGCCAUUUUCUCUCUCCAGACUCCAAUUUUCUCAUCGAGUUUUGCUAACCCUAGAACUCUUUUGCAAUGUCCGUGGAAUUCAAAUCCAAUGAAGAUCUUCACCGGCUGUUGAGAUUCAGGAUUCUCACUUUAUGUUGAAAUGGUAGGGAAGAGUAAUAGCUCUGUUGUUGAUUUUUGUGGUUUCAUGUUGAUUCGGCAUUCUUCGCGAUGCAAUUAGUAUCAAAUGAUCGUCAGACAGAAGAUGGUUCUGAAACAGAACCUAUCUUAUGUCAAUCCAACAUUGAGCAAAGAUUAGAGGAAUCUUCAACUUCAUGUGAAAUUAGAACUGUGGAAGUUGAUUGUUCCAUAGUUGAUGGGGACUUGGAAAAUCUUGACACAGAUGAAAAUUGUGCUUUGGUGAAUGCAGACCAACCACAAUGCCGCAUAUGUCUUGAUAUUGGAGGAGAAGACUUGAUUGCGCCAUGCCAUUGCAGAGGGACCCAAAAGUAUGUCCACAGGUCAUGUCUCGACAAUUGGAGGUCAACUAAGGAGGGCUUUGCUUUUGCUCACUGUACAGAGUGCCGUGCAGUGUUUAUAUUACGUGCAAAUGUCCCACCUGAUCGCUGGUGGUUGAGAUUGAAAUUUCAGUUACUUGUUGCCAGAGACCAUGCAUUCAUUUUUGUCAUCGUUCAGCUGAUUGUGGCAUUCUUGGGUGUGCUGGUGUACAAAUUUUAUGGAGAGGAACUAAGAGAAAUGUUUGGUUAUGAUGAACACCCAUAUGGCUUUUAUACGAUGGCUGUUUUAGCUAUUGUCUUGGUGGGUUUGCUCUAUGGUUUCUUCAUAGCCAUUAUUUGUGGACAGAGAAUCAAUGAGCGCCAUUACCAUGUUCUAGCCAAACAAGAACUAACAAAGGAGUAUGUGGUUGAGGACCGAGAAGUUAAUAAGGAUGUCCCUGAACUCGACCCUAGCCAUGUGACAGAGCUGAGAAUGUUGGGACUUUAUUAAAGCUGAAAUUAUAUGCAUCCCAUUGGGUUUUCAGAUUCCUCUUUCAGGUGGGUUGGUGAUGGUCAAGAAUGUGGCAUCUAAAAAACGGAGCAACUCGGCACGGAAGCUGGAUGAGUCAUUUUUCUUCCUCUGUAUAGCAUUUGAGAUACCGGCAUGAUCUUUUGGCUCCAACCACACAGCCAGGAAUGUGAGGUUUGGAAAAUUCCUAUACCUGUAUUCCAUUCUUAAAUGUUUUUAGUCAUGGAAAUGACUGUUCUCCCUAUACACGUUUUCGUUUUCAGCUGAUAAUCAAUUAUUCGCUUGUACUGUAAACUGUUGGGAAUUCAUUGAUUCUACGAUGUUUUUAACACUAUAAGUUGUAAGUCUGAGCAUGAAUUAAACUCUUGCUCUUCUGGGAACGUGUAUUGAAAAAUCAAUACGCAUUCACAUUCACCCCCUCUUGCAAA